GUCAAUGGUGGCUCUGUGUGUUUUGUGCCUUACGCGAUAGAAGGGAUUGUGGUGCUGCUCCAAUAGAAAGAGAAAGAAGAGGUUUUGGUUUCGAUAAUACGCAAUUAGUGGGGUUUGUCGUCUGUGCUUAAUCUACAAGUUGUACAUAUUGAAGGGGCAGAGGUUUCGACUGGACACAAAGAAAAGAGAAGCUAUGACUUUUAUUGUCAAGCAUUUUCUUUCAACUCUUGGUUGGUGAGUUGAAGCUUUGUUUGCGCUCCAGAUAGUUUUUGCCACCCAUUCCAACCGGAAUAGUUACUGUAAGAGGCUUGAUCAUCGCCGUUGCACCCAGUUUGAUUUUGAUAUCUAAUUAAGGCGCUCUGAUUCAUUAGAAUAGUGUUGUUGAGCUGAAAGAAAAAAACAAUUUUUCAAUCUGAUGCGAUCAUGCUUAUGUCACCAGAAUGUUCGUUUCAUUAGUAGAUGUCACAGAGUCAGCUUUGCAUUGAAAUCAAAAUCUCUCUCUCUCUCUCUCUGUGUCUCUUUUCGUCUCUCUCUGGUCUGGGUAAAGGUCUUGGCUUUCUCAAGGUCAGGUAUUGGAUCGGUCUUUUGCUUCGAUUCUAUUCUAAUCUCUUAUGCACUGAGACUCUGUCCAGCAAGGCAGCAACCCGUCUCUCCUUCUCCUCCUCGGCGACCGGCGACAGUUCCUCCACUCCUCCUCUUCUUCUCUGCUGAUGGUUCUCCUUGCCAUCCUGAAGGUUUAUGUUGCUGUUUCUUUAACUCCUUCACCUUAUCCUGGCUGAUGUCUAUCCCACCUUUUCUGGGUUCCUCGGUGGGCACCUAGCGGCAAAUUAAACAUUCCUAUCAACAUCAGCAAUGGCCGGAAAUUUCCUGGAAGCUGUGGAGCUAACAAGCAGUGGACGCCCAGUCCUCCUCCCAUCAGAGAUUGAAUGUUCGCUCCUCUCCGCUGUAGACCUCGAAUGCGAAGACCUCCCUAACUUCCCUAACCUCAAAUCGGGUAUCCUCACCCUUACCACCCACCGCCUCUUGUGGGUCUCCGACUCCUCUUCACAAGGAGCCUCUUCAGCCAUCCCACUUGCCUCCAUCAGCCACAUCUUCUCCGCCAAAAAGUCCCUCAAGUCCAUCUUUGCCUCGCCCCGGAUCCGGUUCCAGCUUUCGGUGUCACCCGACGGCCGGGUUUCAAAUUCAGGUUCAGGUUCUAGGUCCGUCGUCGUUACAGUGGUUGUGAGGGGGAAGGGUGCUGAUUUGGACGUGUUUUUGACCAAGUUUUGGGAUAACUGGCGGGGAAGAGCCUGGGAGACUGGGAAUGCAGAUGUCACUUCGGGUUCUGAGUCGGUUUCUGGGUCGACUUCUUCUGGAUUAUACACCAAGGAAGGAACGGUGAGGAUGGUUGGGGUGUCUGGAAUACUCAGGAAGGAACAAGAGAUGUGGGAGACUACUGAUAAGAGCUUGCAGGAUGCUUUCCAGGACUUGAAUGCUCUCAUGAGUAAAGCUAAAGAGAUGGUGAUGCUAGCAGAGAAAAUGAGGCAGAAACUUUUAUCCGGCUCGACUUCUCAGCCUGGUGCAGCAGAGGACGAGGAAUUGGGUUCCAAACAAGACAUGCAAGACUGGUUGCUGAGUGUUGGUAUUAUAUCGCCUGUCACCAAAGAGUCUGCUGGUGCUCUUUACCACCAACAAUUGUCCCGUCAGUUGGCAGAUUUUGUCAGGCUUCCACUUGAGAGAGCUGGAGGAAUGAUGAAUCUUAUAGAUAUUUACUGUCUCUUCAAUCGUGCUCGAGGAACAGAAUUGAUCUCGCCAGAGGAUCUGCUGCAAGCAUGUUUUCUUUGGGAGAAGUUUGAUGUCCCAGUAAUGCUUCGGAAGUUUGAUAGUGGGGUGAUGGUAAUCCAGAAUAAGUCCCACAGUGAUGAAGAGAUUUUUGCUAGGAUCAAGACCCUUGCAACAAAGCCCGAUGCUCUUCGAACUGGUGUAAGUGCCAGUGAUGCUGCAAUCACACUAGGUAUUGCUCCAGGCAUGGCCAAGGAGCAUCUUCUAACUGCUGAAAGCAAAGGUUUUCUAUGCAGGGAUAUUAGCCCGGAUGGCUUUCGCUUUUAUAUUAACCUGUUUCCAGACAUUGAUCCAAACAAUGUUUACUUAGUGAAAGAUUAUGGAGUCUAUGACACAUGGUUAAAGGUGGCCUCUGCUUCUAGAUGAGAGAUGAUUUGUGCACCAACCCCAUGUUUACUUCCUCAUGUGGUUAAUGUCAGAAUCAAAGUUGAGACAAAUUGAUGAAUUCGGAGAAGUUUUCAGGAAAGUUUUUGUAUAUUCGACGUUCCAAUUUACAUCCUGGUGAUUGCAGAAUUGAACUUCCAGACCAUGCAUCAACCACUUGCUUGGACCGAUUGUGACAUGCAGUGUUCUUUUUGGGAGCUGGUGAUACUUCUCCUGUCCUGUAUUUGUAUUUGACUAGUAUAUUUGAACAGAAGUGAGGAGAAGCAUUCGGAGGACAGGUGUUUUUUUUUUCCUUUUCUGGAGGAGUGGGGGAGGUAGGGGGAAGCUCUGCUUUUUUGUUGCUAGGUUGUCUUAACCAUAUCCCCUCACCACCAUCGUGCUCGAAACAAUUCAAUUAUUUAUACAAGCACUUGGCCCUCUGUGGAUGGCUCUUUUACUUC